UGAAUUAAAAAUGGCGUCUUUGGUGGAGAUGAUAGCGCGUCAAGCUCAACAAACAUUCUCCAGAAAUUUUAACGAAGACGUCUUCGUAGACUGUUUGGCAAAAUUAAGGAUCAUGUUAGGCCAUAUUAAGUUAUCGGACGUUAAUUUAAGUCGAGAUAUUUUUAAACUUACGAAAGAUAACUCCGUAGAGAAGAAUGCACCCGUGACUUACGUUGAUUUAUUUGAAAAUCAGAUAUUUUCCAUGGGAAUAUUUAUAGUCAGGAACGGAGCGAGAAUUCCUCUUCACGAUCAUCCAGGAAUGUACGGACUGUUGAAAGUUUUACACGGAAAAGUAAAAAUUAUAAAUUACAACCGCACGAAUUUAAAUGAAAAAAUAGGAAGAAUUCCCAGGGAGAUAAUUCAUAAAAUUCCCACGUGGCAAAGACAUUUGCUCCUACCCUCGAAGAGGAACGAAGACAUAGAGGUGUCUACCGAUACCGAACCGUGCGUCCUUACUCCCACUGAAGGCAACUUGCACGAAAUUCAUUCUGUAGGAGGAAUUGCCGCAUUUUUAGAUAUUCUUGCUCCUCCGUACAUGAACGAAACGGAUUGCCAUUAUUAUCAACACGUCGGCGACCAAGACGUCAAUGACAAAACUAAAAUCUCUUGGUUGGCCGAAAUAUCCUCCCCGACAGACUUCUGGUGUGAUUCCAUUCCGUAUACAGGACCGAAUAUUAAUUUGGAUCAGGGAUAGAUUCCGAUCAAAUUUCUAAAUAAUAUCUUUACCAUAAUUCUCCGAUGAAUGCGUCUUGCACGAAACUCUUUUUCAUAUGUAGUCUACUGGUAAGAAAUUUGAAAAAUACACAUUUAUAUAUUCCAUGUUUAAUUGUUAUUAGAAUAUAAAAUUUAUUGAGACGAGGCUUGUUCAAUUACCGAAGAAUUCUAAUCUUAAUCGAUUAAUAUAAUCUAUUUAAAAAUGAUUGACAUUUUUUCCCGUUGCAGCUUUAUUUAAGCAAAAAGUACUUUCUAAUGUAAAAUGGAUCAAGAAAUUUAAAUCUUUUCAUAAUAUAUCUUUCAACAGUUCAAUAUGUAACAAAAAAAAAAAAAAAAAUGCAUGUUUAGAAAUUAUUACAUAUAAAGUAAUACACAAUUUACAGAAAUAAUUUUUUUAAGAAACAUUCAAAAAUACAAAAGUGACUAACUUUAAUGAGAUGUUAAUAAAUUAUGUUAAAAUAUAACUUUAUAUUAACAAAGCAUUCUGUCUUGUUUUUCAUUUCUGGCAAUUUUGAUAUAAUACAAGAGCUGCCAUUCAAGUCAUGACAAAACCUUAAUUCUUGAUGGAAUAAACUUGUUCAAUUCUAGUUAUUGUAAAAGCUAAUGGACAUCAAUAUUAUUCCUUUCAAGUGACAUAUGUCACUGAAAAUAGUAAUAUUGAUAUCUAUAUACAUAAAUAAAAACAUUAAAUUAGAACAAACAAGCUGGAUCCAGGUUUCGCAUAAUAAAAAAGGUCAAAACUUGUUUUAAGGAAUUGUAGGAAGCUUGUGGAAACCAGACACUAUCUUGAAAUUGCUGAGUUGAGAUAACUGUUUAAACUUUUUCAUGAGCUGUUUUCUGUACAGGUCAUGAAAAAGUUAAAACAGUUAUUGAAAGAUUACUAGAAAUUGCAGAAGAUUGCAUCUUGCUGGGUUCUACGUCAUUUGAUGCUUAAAUAUGCUAGUGCCUAAAUUCAUAUGGAGCAUUAUGAUAAGGAAGAGAUGUAUAUUUUUAAGGAAAUUACUGUUAUAAAUGAAACUUGAUUGUAUGAAAUGAAGCUGAAAUAACAGUCAAAUGAGUGGAGACAUUUUGAUUUGCUCGCUUUGAUUAACCUUGUGGACAAAUAUGCCAAUAAUUAUGGAAAAUUUCUAGAGCGUUACAUUUGUCUAACUAUAUCGUAAAUAACCUGAGAAAGAAGCCUUUAAUCAUUUUGCAUGAUGAUAAUGCUUGCUGUCAUGUAUGUAUCAAAGUUUACAACAUUUUUUGCAGCUAGAUCUAUGAAAUACUGGAAUGUCCUCCAACUUGUCUAAUAUAUAUAUGAGCUCCUGUAAUUUUAUUUGCAAAGAUCAAAGAACCCUAAAACUGUUUAGUGACAGAUGAUCUCUUGUGCUUUUGAACAGUUGGAAUGAUAUAUCUAGAAUAAUAAUUAUGCAGAUGAAAUAAGUUAACUUCUAAAGAAUUGGCAAAAAGUUUUAAAAUAAUGAUAGAGACUAUAUAGAAGGAAUUCAUGUAACUGACUUGUAUAAUAAAAUUCUAUUGUCAUGACUUAAUUGACAGAUCUCGUACAAUAAUAGUUUAAAUAUUUUCAGUAAGAUACAUAAGAUAUGGUAUAAAACUAAAUUUAGUUUAUUCAGAGAAAAAAAUUUGGUGAUUAGAUUAAAUCAAUAGAAUACUAGCCAAAAGGAAAUGUAAUAUGCUUAAUAAAUAUUAAUAUUGUUCCAAAUGGUUAUUUAAACCAAUCAUGUCAAUAGCUUCCUGUAAACAAAAAAUGAAGUCAAAUUUUUUGUUCUAGAAGUAAAAUAAAUAAUUUUUUAAU